GCAGUGCAGCUAAAAGGAACAGACCUCUUGUCGCGUAGGUAGUCGGAACCGCCAUCUGAUUCGCGUCGAUAGUCGAUGACACACCGUUGUCCAAGAUGGCGUCGCUCAUCGACAACUACGAACAGCAGUACGCCGUUCUGACAGCUGACAUUACCGCAAAAAUCGGCCGGAUUAGAAUCCAGAGCGGCGGUGAGAAAAGGGCCUUUAUUCAAGAUGUGGACCGGCAAAUUGAAGAGGCUCAAGAAUUGCUGGAGCAAAUGGAGUUGGAAGUUCGUGGGAUAAAUGGAACUGCUCGUGAUCGGCUGCGCGGUCGUGUAGAAAGUCACAGAGCGGAAUUAAAACGCUUAACGCAAGAGUUUCAAACGGCGAAAAAACCAAAAGAGGACGCGAUAGAGAUAACAGUAGAUGAGUCAUGGGACAACAAUGUAACAGAAGACCAAAGAAAAAGACUAUUGGAUGCAUCCGAGAGGAUAGAAAGGACAGGACGCACGUUACAAAAUGGUUAUCGUAUGGCGUUGGAAACAGAGGAAAUCGGCUCUCAGGUGCUAAAGGAACUUCACGAGCAGCGAGAAACGAUACAACGAAGCAGAGGAAGGUUACGCGAAACGGAUGCAGAAUUAGGGCGCGGGUCUCGAUUAUUAUCAGGGAUGAUCUUUCGGAGCCUUCAACAGAGAAUUAUCUUAGCAGCGAUAGCAUUAGUACUCAUAAUUGUCGCGUGCAUUGUGAUAUAUUAUAGUUUUAAAUCUAAAAGUUAAAGAGAACAAAGGUAUUCUCUUCGGCCAGAUCCAUCAGAUGUGAUUUGGAAGUUAUAUUUAUUUGAAAUCAGAGACUUCAAAAUAUGUUAUUUCUAUCAAAUUGCGAGGUUAAGUAAUUAUGUAUUAUAUAUAUAUUAUCUAUCUUGUACUUGUUUGUUACAUUUUGCCACAAAGAACCGAUCUUCGCUAUAUCUACAUAUUUUAUCAUCAAUUCAUCUAAAACUACAUUGGAUGACUGAAUGAUAAUUUUUCCUUAAACAAAAAUCAGCAUAGCAAACAUCUAAAUUUCUUAGAUGAAAGCUAAUUAUAGCAAACGAGUACAAAACUGGCAAAAUGUUA